AUGACGACGUCUUCGAACCGAGACCAUUUCUUUCAGACAUCUGCAUCUCUGGAUGACCAGGAGCGCAAGGAUGCUAAAUCCCAAAAUACCAAUGGAAACCCCAUCAAGCUGCAGGGGAAGAUCCUGGCAGUCCACUCAGAUCCAUUAAACAAUGGAUCAAUUUAUGUUGCCCAAAGUAAUGGCAGCGUGAGAAGGAUCAUGCUUGCCACAGGGGAAACUGCCAAGGUAUUCGCAGGCCCCAUGGCCCCUGUCACGAGUCUCUGUGUGAGUCCUGAUGGGAAAAUCCUAUUUGCUGGGUGCUGGGACAAGUUUAUCUGGAGUUGGGACACUGCCACCGGAAAGCCGCGCCAGAAGUACGAAGGUCAUAACGAUUUUGUUCGAUCAGUAACCAGUGCAAGGCUACGCGGAGAUGAUUUGCUCAUCUCUGGAGGCGCCGACGCUCAAGUCCUGGUGUUCAACAUUGCAACUGGACAGCGACUCGAGACUUUCAAGGGCCACGCUCGGGGAAUUCAAGACCUUUCCGUUGAUCCAGAGUCGGAGAAUACACAGCCUAUUGUGUUCAGUGCGGGAAGUGACCGCGAAAUUCGCCAAUUUGAUGUGUUUGGCGGCGGUUGUAGCACUGACCCUCUCCUUCCACAUGAGACAAGUGUUUACAAGCUCUUUUUCGACAACGAUGGCGACCUCUGGACUGCCUCCGCUGACAAGACUGCCAAAUGUCUAAUUCGAGAAGAUGGAUGGAAAGCAAAUCUGACUUUGGAGCAUCCUGACUUCGUGAAAGAUAUUGUUAUCUAUGAACCCGGAGGAUGGGCAGUGACGGCUUGUCGCGACGAAGAAGUUCGAGUCUGGAACCGAUCCACUGGUGCCUUGCACCAUACCUUCUCUGGACAUUUCGAAGAGGUCACUGGUCUUGUCCUCGUUGGUUCAACCGUUGUUAGCGUGGGAAUCGACGCAACCAUCCGUCAAUGGUCCCUUCGACCUGACGAGCUUCAAAAUGCAGUGGUUCUCGCACAGAAGCCUGCUGAAGACGAGAAAGAAGAGGAGAACCCCAAUGCGGAAUCAAUGCUAACGGCAGAGGAGGAGGCAGAGUUGGCCGAGCUGAUGGGAGAUGAUUAG